AUGUUUCUUGUCAUGGCGACCUGGUCACGUGUAGCAGUGUUGAAUCUUUACCGAGCUCUCCUGCGUGAGGGCUGUAAUCUCCAGUACACUGACCGAGAUUACUACUACACAUUCAUCAGGAGGGAGUUCAGAAAGAACCAGCACCUUACCAGCGAGGAAGAGAAAGUUAAGCAACUGGAGAAAGGCAUCUACUUUCUCAAGACCAAGCUCGGAGGUCUGGUUUAA